CGGAAGGCUUCUUCGUUUACAGUAGGUUGGAGUCACUGUUACAACUGUAACGUUAUAAACCCUCUAACAACAUCAACUGACUCAUAGGCAAGUGCCGUUUGUCUGUGUAGAUUAGGUUACAAAAUAGUUUGAGGGUACCGGUUAUAACAAGAUUGUCAGGCCAUUUGUGGGACACAAUGUCGUCUUCUGUUCCUUUUCACACACAGCUCACCUCCAUUAUGGAGGUCUUGAUGAACGCGGCCGUGGCAGAAAUAUGCGAACUUGUGGACGAUGGAUAUGCCGUUUUACACUUGGAAAUAUCUCGAAGUCAAAAAGAAAAUGAAGUUUUGAGGGAGAGGUUACAGAUAAUGGAGACGCGUAAUGCGCAUGGACAUGGAAAGAAGUCAGUAGGCCUAGCUCACGAGCGCUCCAUCAGAAAUCAUCUCCCAGUGAGACCAGUCCUCAACUUGGGUAACUUCUGUUUACAAUUGCAGUGAUUUAAGCAACGUUUUUGAUAUCACGACUAUUUUACUAUCACCGUAGUCAAUUCUAUAGUUUUCAUGGGGUUUCUCCUAAUUUAUGUUGUGCCAGGUCCGCUUUUAACUCCUUGUUGUGUAUUUAGAGACUGGUGAAUAUCGAAAUAACGGGAGUCCCAUGGGGAAAGAGUUGAACAACCUUUGCAGCGAUGGGGAGCAUCCAAGCAAAGAAGAUGAAGAUUCUGUAAAACAGUCUUGUGCUGUUAUGAAGGUAGAUGACUAAUAAUGUGACAAAAUGUAAAAUAUGUCUUAUCUGGGAAAUGUUAACAACGGGUUCAGGCACACUAGUUAAAAAUGCAGUACUGGUAUGAUAUUCUAGGACAGGAGUGCUCAAGCACUAUUUGUGAAUGUCGGGUCACACAAAUUUACUAGGUGGCAAAGGUCCAGAUGGAUAAUGUAAUUUAUCGGCGUAGUAACAAACCCACACCUCCCAACCCAUGCGACCAUACACUGUUCACACCCCUCGUUUACGGAGAGAAAAUGUAGCAUUUUUUAAAGCAAAUUUCCCGCAACUCUACACAUUUUGCGUGAAGCAGAGAUUUUGUAAAAAUGUUUUAAAGCUAAUUUCCUGCAAUUCAACGCAUUCUCCCAUGUCUUAUGUGUGUUUAUAUGAUACCAGGGGUCGAAGCCCCGACCGAGUAAAAAAGCCCCAACCUUGUAUUUUAUUUUUUUCGGGACCCGCAGUCCGUAUUGACCCCGUUCUGGGUCCGGAUCCGGUCCGCAGUCCACCAGUUGAGUAUGGGUAGGUCUAGGAGUUCUUCUCAAAGGGCUAUUACAUUAUUACUUUAUUUACAUAAUUGGAGUGACAUGCUCUUCUUGAUAUGUUAUUGAACGUUUUUUUAAAUUGGCAUUGGUCAUAAAAAAGUGCAUAUUCAAUACAUACAACAAUACAGACCAUACUAACAGAAUGAUCAAUGAGAGGUCAUAUUAUUGAAAACUUUUAAGAAAGGAUGAAUCUGGUUCCCUUACAGUCUAUGGUGAAGGAGAUGCGUAAGCCUGGGUGCAUCCAAAUCAAAGAGGAAAGACUGGAGGGCACCAUAAGCCUACAGAAUGACCCAAGGAUAAAAGGGGAGAGUAAGUGCAAUGGAGGCCUAUAAUAAAAUGUCAAAUGCCAGUCAUAUGGAAUGGAAUUAUCUAUACUAGAAAAUACCAACCCCAUCUUAGAAUGAUUUCUCCAAAAGUCAAGGAAAGGCAAUUAUACACGAUGAUUCACUGUUCAGUUAUAUUUAAUCAAUUAUUUCCUCUCUAUAGGCAGUGUUGAAUCAGGUGCUGAUGAAGACCAAAGGGAUGUGAUUGGGCACACUCAGACCGACAGUCUCUUUGAGGACUAUGAUCCUCACAUCAACGCAGACCAAGAGAGGGAGAGCACGUUCCAGAAGCUUCAGCAUACGAACGUUGCACACCACGUACAGAGGCAGGCAUACUCAGGCAAGUGGACACCAAGAAGCACUGAAACAGAUUCUGAGGAUCCAGCUUGCUCUUAUGCUGCGGAAAUGAGCCCCAUUCGUGUCACAGCUCACACAAAGCAACAACAGACUUCCAUAGCUGAAAAAACUUUGUUAGCUGUUGAAUCUCACAAUGUGAAACCAGAGGCUGCAAUGUUUGAUUCUGGACCCUAUGAAGAAAAAUAUAAAUCUAGCAGUAAUGAUAAUAAUUAUUAUGAUAAUGAUAGCAGUAAUGAUUUGCAUCCGCAAAACAGCAUCUCUUCCGAGGCUAGUGAAAACUUUGGAAAUAUUUUCUCUAACAGUGAAGAAAAUAUGAGCGAGAACACAGCAAGGCCAAAGGUGGGCAUAGUCCAACGCUACAUGGCAGGACAUAACAUUCAACAC